AUGUUAACUGGCAUAUAUGCUAGCCCUUGUAAUACUUCUAGAAGCAAUUUGUGGAGUUACUUGGAUAACCUGGCUAAUCGAGUUAAGCUUCCUGGGUUGAUUGUGGGAGAUUUUAAUGAACUAUUGUCCUAUUCUGAUAAGAUUGGUGGAUCUCAGCACUACAGAUUUGGUGGUAUGCAAGAUUGGGUGUGUAGGAAUGGUUUAAUUGAUAUGGGAUACCAAGGUGCUGAUUAUACUUGGAAAAAUAACUUUGUAAAAGAAAGACUUGAUCGAGGUUUUUGUUCCUGUGAUUGGAGGCUCCUCUUUCCUGAUGCUUGUAUUAUGCAUUUGGCUAGAAUGAAAUCUGAUCAUUGUCCUAUUCUUGUCAAACACAACCACAGCAGUAGGACCACCAGAAGAAAUUCUCCUUUCAGGUUUCAUGCUAUGUGGAUGCAGCAUGAGAGCUAUAUGGAUAUGGUUAAUGAAACUUGGAACAACUGCUCUGGUGAUUUACAGGUUAAAACUACUACUCUUGCCCAUUCUCUCAGCAUUUGGAAUAAAGAAGUGUUUGGUAAUAUUUUCAAGCAGAAGAGGAUUCUUUUGGCUAGAAUCUGUGGGAUCCAAAGGAGCUUGGGAAGACAAAAUAUUCCUUUUCUUCUAAACCUUGAGAAGGAUCUGAUCUCUCAAUAUGAGCAAAUUCGAGAUGCUGAAGCCCUUUUUUGGCGACAAAAGUCUAGAGAUAAGUGGCUUUGUGAGGGGGAUAGAAAUACAAAAUUCUUCCACUUAACUACAAUGAUAAGGAGGAGAAGGAAUAAGAUUGAUGGCCUCUUUGAUGCUUCUGGAGUUUGGACAGAUAACCCUGCUGCUAUGAAGCAAAUUGCUGCUGAUUUUUUCAAGAAUUUAUUUACUGUAGUAGUUGAUCAUGAAUUGAGAUUCCACAUCCCUUGGCUAUUCCCUGACAUUGAUACUAAUAAUUUUCAACGGAUGAAUCGACCUAUUUCUGAUCAAGAUGUGCAUGAUGCUUUGUUUAGGAUUGGCAGGCUAAAAGCCCCUGCAGUUGACGGUUUUCCUGCUUUGUUCUAUUAG